UGAGCGGGAAAGAGAAUAGCGUAUUGAUCGUCAAGUUGACAAUUUCUGGUGCGAACGUUGUAUGAGUUUUGUUAUUACUCAUUGGACUACUCAUUCCUAAAUUGUUUACGCGCGCAUUUUCGGUUUGGUCUAAUCUUAAAAUCGAGUAAUAUGCCACAAACUCAAAGUUUCUGUAUUGAGUCGAGCGUAUAAAUAGGAAUCCUUUGUGUGGUGUUUGCUGGAAAAAUUUUCCAAUUUGACAGGUGAAAGAUGGCGGAACGUCAAAGGAACAUGACAGGGCGGCCUAUGUGCCCGCCGAAUAACUUGUUCCUGAACAAUUUGCAUCAGGCGGAUGGCGAGGUAGAUAUCGCCGGCCAGCGGAGACCGCGGCAAUUGACGCUGAGUCUGCAAGAAACCGCUAGGACGACCCCCCAACUGCCAGAACGCACCCGGGAAAGAAUACGGAUGCAAGCCUCGGGUAGGCUGCAGCUGGGCGAGCUUGGAACCUAUGAAUUCACUGCCGAAGACAUGAUAGACUUGGGUGAAAUCGGGCGCGGGGCUUUUGGCGCGGUAAACAAGAUGAUCUUCCGGGGGAAUGAUAUGGUAAUGGCUGUGAAGAGGAUCCGAUCGACGGUUGACGAGAAGGAGCAGAAGCAGCUGCUCAUGGACCUAGAGGUGGUGAUGCAGUCGAACGACUGUAACUUCAUUGUCCAGUUUUACGGAGCGUUGUUCAAGGAGGGCGACUGCUGGAUCUGCAUGGAACUGAUGGACACGUCGCUGGACAAGUUCUACAAAUACAUCUACGAGCGCAAGGGGCAGCGGAUUCCAGAGUCUAUCCUAGCUAAAAUCACAGUGGCCACGGUGCAUGCACUCAAUUACUUAAAGGAAAAACUCAAAAUCAUUCACCGCGAUGUGAAGCCCAGCAAUAUUUUGCUCCACAGACGCGGGGACAUCAAAUUGUGUGACUUUGGCAUUUCCGGGCAGUUAGUGGACUCGAUAGCUAAGACGAAGGAUGCAGGCUGUCGGCCGUACAUGGCGCCUGAACGCAUCGAUCCAGAACGGGCCAGGGGCUACGACGUGAGGAGCGAUAUCUGGUCGCUGGGUAUCACAAUGAUGGAGGUGGCGACCGGGAGCUUCCCUUACCGCAAGUGGGAUUCCGUUUUUGAGCAAUUGUGUCAGGUGGUUCAAGGGGAUCCCCCGCGGCUUAGUACUUCCUACAAUGGCAUGGAAUUUUCCACGGAGUUUGUUGAAUUUGUAAAUACUUGUUUAAUAAAAGACGAAAGUCAACGUCCAAAAUAUAGUAAACUUUUACAAUUGCCAUUCAUUCAACGAGGCGAACGAAGUCACACAGACGUAGCAGCAUAUUUCGGCAAUGUCUUAGAGCAAAUGGAGCAAGAUGGGAUUACACAAUUCACAACAAAUCAGCCAGCUGAAAGUUAAUAGAAUUAUUUUUAUUAUUAUCAUACAUACAUAAGUAGAGUCUACAUAAUACACAUAAAAACACACUUAAAUUGUAAAUCGUAAAGUUGUAUGUUUUAUUUUAAUGAAUUGCAGCGCCGACACAAGAAUGGGAGUGAUUUUUGUUAGGCAACUUAUCAAUGAUAAUAAUUCGAUUAGGAGAAAGUAUCUAUUAAGUUGAACUUAUUGUUGAUAGUUUGAAGAGAAUAAAAAAUAUACAAUUAUAAAUACAAAAAAAGGAUUAAAGGAAAAAAGUAACUGAUAAAAUCAAGGGAAAUGUGGAGGAGCGUUGAUAGUUAUUAUUAUUAGAAAGGUAAAAUAUGGCGUACGUGCAGCGGUUCACAGUGAAUGAGUUAAUGGAUGUUUUUUCUGCAAGACUUUUGUAAUGUUGGAAGAAUUUCCACAGAAUCAAUAACAAUAACAUUCGUAUGAAAAGAACUGUUGAGAUGUGUGACAUAAAUUUCGUAGAAUACACAAUAAAACUGAAUAUAUUUGAAGGGAGUGUAAAGAUCAAACAAACAGCGAGGAUAUUUUCAAGUUUCAAUGCUACUGGAAGUUUUAAUUUGCGAGUAUUUUUAGGCAUGAAUUAGAGCUGUUUCGUUUUGAAAAUAUUUUAUAUAUUUAUAAAAGUGCAUAAAAUAAAUUGUUGCCUUUGUUUAAGGAAAAAAAAAAUGGAAAUAUAUUGAGUAUUUAUAAAAUGCCAAUUAAUGUAUUCUAGGUGCAUGAAAGUGUCAAUUUAAUUCGAGAGCAAUGGGGGAGUUUUGGACUCCUAGAAAUAAGUCAUUGGUUUGAAAGAGUGUUUUCUAGGCAAUCUUUGCCGGUAGCGAAAAAGCGACAUUGAAAAUGCUCAUUUUAAAAAUUCUAGCUUCAAGGGUUUAGCUGGGAAUUCUCCUCUGAUUUGAAUGAGAACGAAAACUUCAAUAAGUUAUUGAAUUGUAAAGAAAGUUUUCCCGGCAACUAUCCAAAUUAAAGUCAAAAUCUCUUGGCCUUAUACGUCUCUACACUUUGUCCUUUUCAGUGGAAUUUGCUUGAAAAUUUAAAUCAUUGUCACGACAUAUUGAGCAAUUCGACUGAUCGCUGUUGCUGUUAAAUUAAUCAAUUAUCAAACUGAUCCAAAUUAAUAUUGUUUUGCUGGCAAGGCAAGUACAAUGGACUGCGAUAAUAAGUGGAAUUUGUGUUCGCUUUUCAGUAGUCAAAAUAAAAAGGCCCUGCAGGAGGCAGCAUCUAAUGUGAUCGAAUUGCGCCAAAUCAAAUAACCACACUGAAUUAUAGGUAGAGGCUUUUGGUAAAUUCUGGGCAAUGAAAAGGUUUGAUACGUAUCAAUUCAUCUUGCAGUUCCAUUUAAUGUAGUAAAGUACUCGUUUCGGAUCAUUGCAUGGUUGCAAAAUUGAUUGUUUGAAAACUAAACUAAAAAGUAAGAAAAAUCAAUCCUGGAGGACAUUUUUUAAAACAGAAUUCAACUGCGUAUCCGUCCGUAUACUUUAAAUGCUUAGUCGUAUAGCUUUCUAUGUAGACAUUUUUUACGCUUUAAACUAAAACAAAUAUAAUGAUCGCCGAGCUUAUGCAAAAAUGAGUAUUUUUAUAAAGCUAAUAUUAUCAAACAAUCAUUUCGAUAAUUACACCUUCGUUCAGAUGCUUUGAUUUGCAAAUCCCGUUGAUUCUGUAGCAACUCGUAUGUUUUUGCUUUGAUAACGUUGGCUAGUUGUAUUUAUGUGCUCCAUUUGAAGUUGCAUAACGCAAUAUCUGAAAUAAAAUAGGAUCGAUAAUCUUUUUUUGUGCCUGUCUUGAAAAUUCGUUGGCGGUUUAAUAUCUCAACGAUUUGAUAAUCAAUUGUGAAUAAAAGUUGAUUGUGUUAAUAAUGAAUUGAAGUUCUAGUAGAUGUAUGGCUGUAUUUCGAGAAAAAGUAGUACAGUAAGCUUGUAGAAGUAUUGUGAUGUUAAACACCAAUGAUUUGUACAUAAUACAAGAUACUUUAAAAAUAAAUUCAUUGUAGCGUCGAUGUUUUUGGAUAAUUAGUGAGCACUUAGUCAGUAAAUAACUAAGUUUUUCAGUUAUUGAUAAAUAAAAGGAAUGAAAAUAGA